AUGGGACGCGCAGUCAAAUUGUCGUGUGCUUCCGGCGGGGUCUCUCUGUCGCUGCAGCUGCUUUCCUUAGUCGCGACCGGCGCUCAUCUGGGCAUCCGAGGGGCAAUCUCGAAUUUCACGCGCACCGAUGGUGAUGAACGCCCGCCUCUAGACAAGCUGAGCGAAGUGGGGUCGCCGAGGCAGGAUCCCCCCCGCAUAGGCGUCGAGUCCAACCUUCUGAGCAACUGGACGAAGACCUCCGUGGGUGGCAGUCCGACAAGACCAGGUGCUGCUGGUACGGUGGAAGAAGCGGUACUUAAACUUAGUAGCGCAUCUACUUACAUCUACUGGGUGUAGUACAUAGUUCUUUGCUUUUAUUGGGUGGAUGUCUUCCUCAUCCUCUUCGGUGGAUGCUGCCCUUUAUUUCUUUGUAUGUACCUGUAUUGCGGUCACACCAGGGCGGGUCUAGCCUGGCGUUUUUCUUGCCAUACACUGCCAAAAACGGAGGUCCGCAACAUUAAAGCCUAGAGUGCGUUCGUGUACUUGAAAUGUUAUGUAGGUAUUCAAGCGCCCUAGCCUAACCUGUUUGGCUCUGCUGCCAACGAAUAGCGAGAGGGGUCCACCUUUCACUGCCGCAAAGAACAACACAGGCGAGCCAGCAAAAGGAAGGCCUUUCUAAAGCGCCCUGCGCCACCGUACAUUCUCCCUCCCUUCCGCACCAUUUUGAGGCGCAAAAAGAGCGCCCAGAAAAGGCGCACGGAGAGUGACUGUGGCUCCUGAACAUUUCGGGCGACCUCGGCGGGGGCCGCCUUUUCGCCGGAGGGGCGACUGCGAAGGGAGGGCGGCGGCUCUUAGCAGCUUCGCAAAAGGCGUGCCCCUCAAAGAAAAGCAAUAUCCAAAAAGAUAAAGAAAAGGGGCGAAGCAGUUCCAGUUGUGCAAACGGCCGGCGAUGAACCCUCUCACUCCGCAUGUUUCAGUUUCGGAUAGAUCCGGCUCCCUAGUAUACCUGCCGCUUUUCGGGUGCCCUGGCUCCCUGGCAGCCAGAUAAUAGGGCCCAUCUCCAUGCCCUCGGGCGCGGCCCUCGGAAGUAAAUUCGCAAAGUCCAUAUCUAUGGCGAAACUAAUUUUAGGCGGAGGAAGACCAAAAAAAAACUCAACCUCCAGGGGGGCGGAGAAAGUCCAUAUGGCGAAGUUAUUUCAUAGGGGCGGAGAAAAGCCAAAGACUCAACCUCCACGGACCUGCGUAGGGUUUGAGGUUUAGGGUUUGGGGUUCUGGUCGCUUUAGCGGGAUGCCGGCGAAAGCCGUACGGACCGACUCCGGCGCCGCAGGCCGGCGCCGGAUUCGCCCCGGGAGCGAGAAGCGAGCCAGGCUCCUGUUGGCUUCCUUUCAGCCAGGCGCGUGGGGCCCCGCGCCCUGCCGUGUUCGGAACCCGAAAAAUGGCACCGAUGAUAGGCCAGAGCGCCGGGGGGCUGCGUUUUGGCUGCCUGCCCUUCGUCCAUAUGGACGCAUCCUUCCAGCCCGCCCCCGCAUCGAUCCAUACGCACCCUACGCCACCGCUCGGGUCUCACGAGGAAGGCUCCGCGCGGCCGGCCCGUUCUGGCUUGGGCGCCUUUUUGAAAAUUCCCCCUCCGGAGCUGUUGGAAGGGGAUGGGGGCGGGGUUGCGCCCGGCCUGGCCGUAUGUCGUGCAUGGGGUUGCCCUCGGCUAUUUGUUUCUUUUCUUUGGCUAGUCUUUUGGGCGGCUCAAUUUCUGCAGGAAAUUGCCUUGGAACGAGUUGCCGGCGCCUUUGCUAGUGCUAUAAAUAUUUAUUUACUUUUUUCGUACUGGUGUAGCUGAUGUUGUUGAUCACAUGCAGCCGGGGGGUACUGUUGUGUUCUACUUCGAACGCGGCCUCGCGCCAUCUUGACGUGACGUUCUGAGCUCUACUGCGAACGCGCCUGCCCCUGCACAUAUCAGCAGCCCCGCAACCUGAUCUUGAGGACUGAAAUUGUGGCUGGCAGAAACGAGGCCCGCAGAGAAUUUGGCUUCAGAGGGCGUUGGCUCGUGCUUGCCAUCUGGUGACUUUCCUUAGUAUUUUUCUGCCGGUAGAGCUGGGGUUUGGAUUUCUUAUUCAUAUUCUCUGUUGGCUGGGGUUUGGAUUUCUUAUUCUUGGGUCUUUCUCUUUUCCUUUUGCCAUGGGCUGGCGACGCCGGGAUUCCAACUACCUAUCUAUGUGGGAGUGAAGAUGUCUUCGUUGAAGCCGGUCGCGACAGCAGUCUGGACGACCCCGCCAGCACUCCUCUUUUCGCCUUUUUUUCGCCUGCUCGAUGUUGGGAUUGAUAUUUUUAGGUUGAGACUUAUAUAGGUUGAGGCUACAGAACACCUACAAUUACAAAAACAACAACCGGAUAAAGCGCUCAGUCUUCAGCCAGUCGGUAUAACUACAUUGAGCAGAUGAAGUAUCCACACGUCGCGCCGCCACCUAUUCCAGUUAGGCUUUGUUUCUUCCUUCGCUUUCCUCACUUUUGACCAAGCAUUAGCAGUUAAGGUCUACUUCAAGAAACGCAAAUAAAAUCUCGCAAUGCGCUCCAGCGACGUGUUGUUGUGUUGUGGAUUUUACAUGGCGUAUGACUGCGAGUGCGAGAGUCUUCUAGAGCUGCGCUCGCUAGCGGCGAAGUCGCGGGCGCUGCGGUCGCUAGGGGGAACCCCCCCUCCCGUACCCCCUGCUUCUUGCCUCGUCUUCUUCGCGGCCCGAAGAACCGAGGGAAGCCCAGAGCCAGCUUCAGCUUCUUUCUCCUGGGGGGAGGGAGACCCGAAACACCACCCUUCCAACGAACUUCCCCCCCUUCCUAGCUCAAGAGGACCAACGACGCGCUCUUUGCGAUUGGAAUCUGCGGGAAAUUUAUUUUCGAGCAACCCCCACCCUUUGUCCUUGUCGUUGCCGUGUUCUCUGUCUGGGUGAGCCAAAGCCUAGUCGAGAGUGUUGCUCUGAGCAAAACGCGGGCAGGCUCGAUCGCGCAGAUUCUUUGUCCCGAGGAGGGAAACCCCGGCAGCUCUGCCCUAUUCGACGCGAGCGGAUAGCCCGCCUCAAGCUCAACGUUGCCCGUAGCUGUAGCCUCGGGUCUUUGUGUCAGUCUUGCCUCCUGGUCCUGCGGGAGGACCCCUUAACCCCUCUUGCUCGAGACCGUGCUCCCCGUGCGCGGGCAGGCAGCCAGAGUGAUCCGCCGUCGCAUGCUUGCAGCGCGACGCAGUCAUGUUCCGUCUUGUUUGUGUUCCUGUUUCGAGCGCGCUCUUGCGAUCAACAUUAGUGAGCAUCGUCAAGCAAUAAAUGUAAAUGUAUUGCGGUCUUCGUCUUGUUGCCUUUUUUAUUAUUAUUAUUAUUAUUUAUAGUUAUCGGUUUGCCACCGCUCGAUAAAUGUAAAUCGGUGCUCGAAAAAUCGAUUUUCGAUCCUGCUCCUGAGAAGAGAAGCCACUGCUAAUCGCCAUUGCUACGUCGACUUGUUAUCGCCUUUGCCCGAGAUGUUUUGCCUCGCCUGAGUUUCGCCUGAGCUUGUCGACAUGAGGCUGGUCGGCUUCCCCGAGAGACUCCUCGUUUUUUUGUCGACUGUUUUAGGUAGUCAGGCGAGCUUUCUUGCGCAUACGUACGUAGAUCUCCUGGUGCUUCGGCACUUCGAGGUUUAGGGUCGGAACGUUCUCAGCACUGCUGAAGCUUAAGAAGAAAGGGGCGCGCACGCCCUGGCCUUCAGUCUGCUCUGCCCUUUAUCUUUUUGAAUAUCGCUUUACAAAUCCUCCUUUUUUGCUCUGCCUCUUGUUCCCCGGGCCCAACUGGCACCAAGCAGUUUUUUUCCCUUGGUUUAGGCUUAGGUAGACCGCCACCGCCGCCGACACGGGAUGACUGUCGUCGAGACCGUCUCGCCUUCGAUCUUCGCCUUCUCCUGCUGCACAAGUUCGAUCCGGAAAGGGUUUAGGUUAGGUUACAGGGUUUAGGAUAUCCACAUUUAUAGUAUUAAUUUUCUGUAAGUGAAUUCCUCGCGAGCGUCGGCCGAUAUUUCGAAGCGGGCGUUCGAGUGGGGGCCCCGUAGCCCUGUCUCCCCGCGCCUCCCUCGCUCCACUAGGGUCGCGUCGUCAACAGUUUUUGUCAUCGUCAGUUCUUGGACUUGAAUUUUUCGAGCCGGCGGGAGUCUUUAUGGUCCACGCAGAGCCUUUCGCCGUUGCGAAUCGAGCGGGGGCCCCAUGAUGCCCCCUCCCGGGAUGCUUUCCGCUUCCCGCCGCGCUCGUAUCGAAAGACGGUCGGUUCUUCGCGGUCAAGAAAUCUAGAAAUGCAUUCGGAAGCCCACCCUGGGGGCCCCCCCGCCGCACACCGGUUUCCUUCAUUGCGAUUAUGCGAUCUGUGAUGUGAGUCACGUCUCGAAGCUAAUAAAUGUAUGCCCGGGGGGCAGCAGCAGGCUAGCGAGCCUCUGAGCCUAGGCUGAGGAUGGUCGGGCGGUAUUUUAUGCCCGUUUCCGCCCUCAGCCCUUUUGUUUACGGUAGCCAGGAGGACUUGAGAAGAUUAGUCAGGACAACCCACCGAGCUUCGGGGUGGUAUUUGUUUCGCCUUCUCUUGUUCCCAGUUUGUUUUCAGGUGGGUACGUAGUUGCCACGGAUGGGCCGCUAAGACCUCGCGCCGCCCUUUUCUUACGGGGUGUGACAGAGGUCCAUAUCUUCCAUCGCGGGUCAGGUGCUCCAUCUUCCUGGGCGCCUCGACGACGCGGCGGGAGACUGCUCCCACCGAGCGGCCAUCCAUUGGGUGGCCCGUCUGCGGUAACUGCAUAAAAUAAAAACUCGAGCGCAAGUCUUGAGCGUAAAGCCCGAGCCAAAAUGUCGAGCUCAAAUAUCGAGCUCAAAGCCCAAGAGCAAGUUUCGAGCUCAAAAUCUCGGGCUCAAGUUUCGAACUCAUUCUCACAAGAUAUAACUACCAAUGAGAAUUAUAAAUACAUUUACUUACAUGAUACAGCAUCCGGAGCAGGAUGAGGAUGUGGCAGGCCCAGACUCUGGCUCCGCGGAGCAUCUCGCCGCUGAUUCGUCGGGAGGUAUAGCGUCUUUCAUUGGACUCGGCUCUUCCGCGUUGCGUUUCGUCGCACAUGGCCUCUUAACGGUGCCGAGGACGGUGGUAUUGACUCUGCGCGCAAUUGACCAUUUUCGCGCUGUGGGUCCGGGGAUCCGUUCAGCCAGCGAUGCCGAUUUUGUUAGCCGUCGCUUUGCACCACGAACCAGAGCCACUGACCUGGAAAACGGGGCUUCGGGUGAUCGAAGUGGAGUCGGAUUCUUGGCUUGGUUGGGAUAUAAUUACACUGGUGGCGACGUGUCAAAUGGCACCAGCAUGCUUCCGGUGCUCUUGCCGGUAGUUGGCGGGGCUGGAGCCCUUUCCGAAUUCGGAGGCGGGCAGGGGGGUUCCGCAGUUCUCCAGCUGCUCGCCCACUCGUCGUGGCCGGGCCCCAUCAUCAAGAACGCGGAGAGGUUUUUCAUUAAGUCCAAGAGCCGCACGGCAUUAGCUUUAGCAUUACCGGGACCAGGGGGUAACGGUAACGCGAAAAACGUGCAGGCCGGGGACGUCGCGGAGCAGCCCCUGAAGAUGCUGGAGGACCUUGCAGAUGAGUCCUUCUUCAAGUUCCCGCCGGCCAAUGGGGUCGGCGGCUCCGCGGGGAUCAUUGGCACGACUGGCACUGUUGCGCGACGACUUGCUUCAGACUGCAUGUCGAAGGACAACAACGGUAAGACAUGCCGUUCCGCCUCUGACGCCCCGGUGCUCUUGGCGCAAGCAAAAGCAUUACUUGCACAUCAGCCACCAGACCGCACCACCAGUGGCGAAAUAAGAGAGCCGACAGCAUACGAUGUUGCCGCCGCAGUUGUUGUGACGUACGAUCAAAUCAAGUACUCUGCCCCCUGGCGCCAGAUGAAGCCUGCCGAUCCUUAUCACACAGUCAAGCACACCCAUGCCGCGAAUCGUUCACAAGAUAGUUGCGUCAGCGCUUUCGCUUCAAAAGUGUAAGUGUUUCCUGUAAGUAGCGCUUCGAUGCCAACAUUUCUCAUUAUUUAUUUUAUAUGAUUAUGAUGUAUAUAAUUUCUUCGCCUUGGAGGUUCAAUAUUGAAGUUGCAAGAAACAGAAAACUACUGCAGAAUGAGAGCGCUGAACGACUACGAUCGCCAGGGCAUUGCUAUGCGUUUUUUUCGAAUAGGAAGCACAAGGCCCUCCAGGCAGGCGGGGCUGAUUGUUCUGGUUUUCGGGUUUGGCUAAAAACAAAACUCGUGGUAAAACAAACCGGGACACAGCACUCCGUGGCCCGCAUGGGCAUGUUGUCUAACACAGGACGCCAAGAAGAACAACGCGCCGCGAACGCCGUUGCGGUUGCGCUCUUGAUGCUUACUAUCGCCGCAGCGGCCCUGUUUGCACCACCGACCACCCAAAGCCCUUCACUCGCCGAGAUACAGUACUGCCUUCCGAAGUUUCAAAAUGAGAUCCAAAAAAGCACGAUUGCCGCCAGGAUUGCUGAAGUGCUUCAGUCUCAGUCGAAAGGGGCCCCCCUAGCGGUGAUUGCCGGGCAAGCGGUCUGCAAUGUUGCAGCCGCAGCUUUCGGCGCGUUGAUGACCGUGCCGGCGGAGGUACCUGAAGGCAAGGAGCUCGGCGACCAAGCAGGCGAAUCGGUAAGCAGAGCGAUCGCACGCGAGUUGGAUGUGUGGGGGCGGGACUUCGCCCAGCAGGAGAAUAAGAGUAACAAGCUCAUCUAUCUGGCCGUGGCUCUCCUGAUAGCCUCUCAAGUCAUGAGGGAGGUUUUUCGUGUGUUGUUCGUUUCAGGGCUUUCGCACUUGUCCGGGGUUUUGGCGUGGACGCAGACCAUUUGGGCAGAGACAGCAGCGCCGGCCCUUCAUGACGCCUUAAGGCGGGCGUCUCUGCUAGAUCAAUUGGCGGUGGAUGCGCAUCGAGCGAACAAAGAAAUUGACAAAAACUUCCCUUCUAAGAAUUUUUUUUCGGGGAAGCGGAAUCCCGCGGCAGCUGAUGGGAAUGGUCUCCAUUUUGUCGUCGAGCACUUCUUAUCAAGUGCAAAUGUGCCUAGGGGGUAGGGUAAACACCAAAAAAAUUAGGCCGAAGGUGCAAAAAAGCUGGCGUUGAGGUCGGUGGUGAAGUUGGUGCCGAAGCUGGUGCCGAAGCUGGCGCCGAAGCUGGUGCCGAAGCUGGUGCCGAAGCCGGUGCCGCAGGUAGUUAAUGAGAGGAGCGAGGAAAAAAAAAAAAAGCAAGCGCGCCUACUGUUCUUCAGAUAGUGCGAGCUCACGGGUGCGCUCGCACUAGAUUCAUUUCUCGUUCCGGAGGACAGUGCUCUCUUGCACCCGUCGCAUUUUGCAUGACACCUACAAAAGUUUGUAGGUGUCAUGCAAAAUUGCAUCGAAUUGUUGAGAAGAAGAGCCCGCAUUUAUCCAGCAUGCUAUCGCCUUUCGGGCGAUGGUAUGCUGGAAGACCAAAUCCCAGCAGCUGCCGCUGGAAUGCCAGACGCUCCUCUUCCGGAAGGAGCUGCUGGUGGAAGAGCGAGCCCAGAAGUCCAGACAUUUUUCUUGCUGGUGUUGAACCACUUUUCGCAGUUCGCCAGAAGCUGGCGUAGAAGAAGUUGUGUAGAAAAAGGCGCAGAAGCUGCUGACGAGGUUGGCAAUACAUUGCCAACCUCAACACCAGCUUCCGCACCAACUUCUUCACCACCUUCUACACCAGCUUCUGGCAAAUGAAAAGUGAUUUAAUUCUAAAAGAAACAUCUGACUUUGCGUGAAGGCUAGACCACUUCGGAAAUUUUCAAAAAGUGCGACAAUUGUCGCACUAAUUGAAAAAUUCCCGAAGUGGUCUAGCCUUCACGCACAAAAGCAAGUUUUGCAUGACAAACUUUAUGCUUUCCUGAUAAAAACUUCGAGCUUCAGAAGCAAACUGCAAACGCCUUCGAACAAGCUUUCUUUGUAUUUCAAGUGAUAUCACUCGACAUACAAAGAGAGCUUGUUCGAAGGCAUUACAGCUUGCUUCUGAAGCUCGAAAGUCGGUUUCUUUGCUGGAAAUCAUGCAAACUGUAAAGUUUGCAUUUGUCAUGCAAACUUUAAAUAGACAAUAGAAUUAUAGAUAUUGUCAUGCAAACUGCAGAAGCUUGCACUUCUCGAGUCGACAGGUGCAAGCUUUUACAGUUUCCAAACAGAGAAAUCUUGGCAGUUGGCAACUACAUGGCACGAACGGCGGGGCUUUGGAACGUUUUGCGCAACAGUUGCAGGCGGGCUCGGCGCACCAGCACCAGAAGCCACGACCUCCUGAUGCAUCUGCGUGAUCGCCCUUAAUAUUCGUCGACGGCAAACUAACCCGGAACGCGUGCGCGCGAAAGUCGUGUCAAAAAGUGCGACACAGCACACACAUUCGGAGUGCGCAGAUGGGCACAAGCUGCGCACUUUUUUCGCAGCAAAAACGCCAGAAAUGUGAAAAAAGCUGUAUUUUUAUCAGCCUAAGAGUUUUGGAUUUUCCUACCCCCUAGGCACAUUUGCACAGGAUACUUCUGGGUUGAUAUUGCUCGCGCGAUACGUAAUUCUUUCCCGGCCGAGGCGGAGGGAGCGUAUCAAGCGCUCCUCGGCCCAAGAUUUGAACAUGUCGCACAGACGAUGACGGAUGCUGCCACUGCAUGGCUGCCACGUUUCGAAGUACCCAGGACCGAACCGAUGUCGGCGCGGCCGAUGGCCUUAGUUAAGAAGGUCACAGGCACAAGUCCAAGUAAAGUCGACCACGCUCUCUCAACUGCAGCAGCCUCGUCGCAGGCUAGCCAGUGCUUGGCGUCGUUGUUGCCCCUCUUAGAUCUUCUCAGCGAUGAAGCGCUCGCCACUCGUAGUCGCGACGGCUUCGAGACUGUAGCGACCACAGAGAGGAAGAAGCUGGCAAAGGAAGCGAAGACCCUGGCAACGAAAGCCACGCAAAUGCUCGUGCAUGGACCGCCUGCCGCUGACAGCCCAGGAACAGACGGAGGGGGAGGCCUGGUCGGAGCAUUAAAAUUGGUGCUGGAACUGCCAGUAGUGCCUCCGCCAUUGGAUCCAAAAGAAGCAGACUUUAGCUUGCGAGAAUCCAACACUAUUGCAGAUGAAAGGUUGGAGAACAUGCUCCGCGUCGAGCUUGCGACGAUGUUUGGCAAACGCGUAGAAGGCGAUGAAUGA